UAACUCUCCUCACUUGGACGUGGCACCAGUGCGCAGGGCCGAGAGGGCGACGAGAAACAGAGACAGAGUCCAACGAGCGAGCGAGGAAUUUUAUGAUCGCUGUCUGAAUCGAUGCAGUCUGGUUCGGGCCGAGCAAAUACUGACAGGAUGCCAGCAUUAUUAGCUCGCUCUGGCAUUUAGAGUAGUGUUUUUGCAGAUUUCCACCACCUAAUACCAGUGGCUUGUGCACGUUUUGAUUUGCGCUCUGGAGGUGUUCUGCACCUGUAACUACCACUGAUCCCACGACUGGUGCGUGUUAUGGCCCCGAAGGAUGGAUCUCGAUGGCGGAAAUUUCGGACCUUGUAUUAGUGUCUGUGAAAUUCCAGUUUCGAGGUCCGGGUUAGUGUUGCCAGGCACGAAGUGCAUACAGCCCUGUUCUUGUGCUGAUGCUGGCGGGCGAUUUUGAUGAGCACGCUAAGGUUUCUGAGCAGGAGAAAGGUGGUGGCGGCCAUCAAAUCAGGGAUCUAUCGGCCGGAAUAAUGCUCCGUGUGUGUGUAUUCUCAGCGGUAAUGCUGUCGCAGAUCGCAGCAUGUGCUUCUUGCUGCUCUGAAGACUAGCAGAAGUUGCUGUGAGUGGGAGCCUGCAGAGAAGGAAGCAUCUGCGGAGAAGGAAGCAUCGGCGGCAGUAUGGGAGGGUCGCUGAAAGUUACCUCCAUUUGGCGGAAUCGACCGGUCGACCGAGCGACCCUGUAUAAUCUGGUCAUCGCCUCUCUUGCGUUGUCGAUGAUUGUUGUCUGUGGAAUCUAUCUGUUCAUACCUCCGCCACUGGAGUCCGGCAGCGAAACCAUCAUGCCUUUAAGGCUCGGACGAGAACUCGGGGAGCGAGAAGGAGGUCGGAAAUUGGGUCGAUUUGGUACGAUGAUGGUAGAAAUGGUCGCACAGGACCUUCCUUUCACAAUAUUUGUCCCAACGGAAGCAGCUGCGGAAAGGUUGGCGCGAUCGUGCACAAGAAAUGUGGACUACGCGCUGAAUGAAAAUGUUAAAAAGGGUGGUUCUGCGGCGAAUACGACGAGGACAUCUGCCGACCGAGAAGCCUCCAUAUCCAGAUGUCUGACCGCAGUCGUAUCUCGCAUCAUGAGCUUCAGUACCGUCCCCAAGCAGCUCAAGUCCUCUGCGGUGCCCGAAGGACGAGAAACAGAACUUGAAAGCCUUUCCGGCUACAAGCUAUAUCUGGCCCGCGAUUCUCGCAGAGGGCUCGUGGUGAACAACCUUACAUUCGUGGCUGCAGAUAUCGGCCAAGGCCUUCUGGUGAUUCAUCUCAUCGACGGAGUUCUCAUGGACUCCAUGUUCGAACAGUCGGUCGAAAUCGAAGAUGAGUGACUGAUAGCAUAAAGUGAGUGACACAUAAAUAAAUCCAACAGCGAUGCGAUCCAUGAACUCUUGCCCUAAAGUUUAUUCCCCACGUCCUCGAUCAGAGCCGGCCGAGGGCAUGGAAAUGGAUUGCGAUAAUCUCCUGUGUCUGCUCUGUCAGACACAGAUCAGCCAGGAUUAUCGAGUGGAGAAAGGGUAAAGAAUCAAGAGUGGGUCCCUUCAUCUCUGCUACUCGCUUCUGCCAGGAGCUUUCUGAAAAGCGGUCAUGAAACAGGCAGAAAGUAAUAUCUUGCGGGAGUUCAUCUACAUUGUACGCUCGAAGGCUCCGUUCGGAAUCAAGGAGGGGAUCCUAAAUCACCAACGAACAUGCAUGCACAGAGCUUUGUGGUCCACCUUUGCGACGUUGACAACUCAAACCUGAUGCUCUGGUCUGUGCCCCGAGGCUGAGUUGGAGCUUUUCAAUCCAGGGGAGUUUCAAUCCAGGGAAGCGAGCUGACGAGCACACCGUGAUUCUUCGAUGAAAAGAUCUGGCCCUUGCGCGCAAGUGCUGAGUAUCUGUCGUCUUCUUCUCUCCGUCAAAAUCAGUGUGGAAGAAGCCAAUCUGCAGCGACUUGAACCAUGUCCUUCGCGGUUCUCUGAGGACUAGAGUUCUACCGUAGUGCAUCGUUCUAUGUCUAGCUUUCACAAGAAGAUUUGGAUUUUGGUGGAGAAGUAUGUUGGCUGCUAAAUCGAUGCCGCUUUGGAGAAAAUCCCAACUUCCACCUUCUACACGGCAACAUAUUUGUAGAGUAGGGCUCCGGAACUUCCACCUUACACGAUGCUGCUAAGAUUUUACAGUCCAGUGCCAGAGAAAGUCCGGGCUCAAUUUGCAGCUUCUGAACUCUUGAUACGAAAGAUGCAUUUGCAAUUUUUGACGAUCGUGUCUUUCUGAUAGCCGGCUUUGCUCUUUCACUGUUGAUACCCGGGAGGGCAACUGCUGGUUUCACUGGAAGCUCUCAGAUUGAUACUGCGUGAUUCCAGUCUGCCUCCUGUCUGUCAGCGUUCCUCCGGUGAAUUUUCAGCAAAGGCUGCUUCUGACAAGAGAGGCCUAUAGCUGAAGAUAGGAUAAUCAUAUUUUCACGAUGAUUCUCUAAUAAAAGGCAGGGUCGCGAUUUGCAAGUUG